GACCAUAGCACUGAGCCACCAUACGGGGCUGAUACUUUACGCUGGUGGGUGGCUGAGUCCAAUGUUUAUACAGAAGUGCAAAUUGGACCUACAGUGCUCAGUUCUGCUCAAGAUGAUAUUAACAAGCUUCGAAAUACACUCCGUUUUUUGUUGGGGAAUCUGACUGGCUUCAGCCCAGAGACAGACUCUAUCCCUACAUCAGAGAUGUAUCUGAUAGACCAGUUCAUACUCCAUCUACUGCAUGGCUUCGCUAACAAGGUUACACAGGCAUAUAAGGAACAUGACUAUGGAAAAGUCAUCCGAUUACUUCAAGCCUUUUGUAGUAAAGAUCUCUCCAGUUUUUAUUUUAGUAUAAUUAAGGACAGACUUUAUUGUGAAGAGGAAAAAGAUGCUAAACGCCGUUCAUGUCAAACAGCCUUGGCAGCAGUUUUGGAUACAAUGGUUCGUUCUUUUGCACCAAUUCUUCCACAUCUGGCUGAAGAGGUAUUCCAGUAUAUUCCAUACAGAAAAGAGUCAGAUAGUGUAUUUCGUUCCGGAUGGAUGACCACAAGUGCUGUAUGGAAGAAACCAGGCCUUGAAGAAGCAGUGGAUGGAGCAUGUGCAAUGAGAGAUGGUUUCCUGGGCUUUAUUGCAGGCAAAAAUGCUGCGGAAUAUCAGGUGAUUCUAGUGAUUGAGCCUGGGUUGUUCUUUGAAUUAAUGGAGGUGCUGCAACCUGAGGGGUGCUCUAGUACAUCUCAGUUAAAUGAAAUAAUGAUGGCAUCACAGACAACGCUGCUGACUGAAAUACCUAGAGAUGUGAAUGCUGAUGAUAUGAUUAAAGGCACAUUUCUAAUAAAUUUAGAAGGUGGUGAUAUCCGAGAAGAGUCUGCCUAUAAAGUCAUUGUUCUACCAGCUGCCAAAUCAAAAUGCCCCCGUUGUCGAAAAUACACUGCUGAUUCAGCAGAGACUCCAUGUACACGUUGUAUGCAAAUACUUGGUGAGAAAUGAUACCUAUUCCCAUAGCGGUCAAAUAGCUGUGCUGGCUAAAACAAGAUUCACAUUUUGAGAAAACGUGGAAUAUAGAAGUAUCUACAAGAAACCAACAUAUUGUUUGUCUGAAAGCUGGAAAGCUAAAUUCAAAAUUCACGUGUAUAUAUUUAAGCUUGUACACUUAAUAAACUGCUUACUAAAAUG